AUGAAACGUUUGCCAAUGCAUUGCGACGAUUUGCCAUUAGAUAAAAGAGUCAAACUUUCAUCUGUUGUUCACAUAAAAAAUGAACUGGAUUUGUUUCGUGAACAGCAACCAGUACUUCCAUCAGCUUCGCAAGAAAUCUAUAUAACAAAACCUUUGAUACAUUCGAUCAAAGAAGAAAAUGAAAUUUUCAACACACUCAAUAAUACACUACCAGUGGAAUAUCAAUCAUGGGAAAAUCUGAUUAUUCGUCACUCGAAUGCAAUUAAACCAGUACCAUUCGAAGAAACGGCUUGGAUACCAUCACACGAAUAUCGAACAAUGGCUGCGUAUCAAAAAGAGAUCUUAGGACGAAAUACUGACUACAUGGAAAAUCUUCGCUAUGAUGAUCGAAAUCGAAUUACUAAUUGGUACUCGAUAUUUCCAUUGAACGACGCUGUUAUCCUGAAGAAUCUAUCGGAUAAUCAAAAUUUUCAAUUUGAUUUGAAUCACAAACUCAAAUACGUCAAUCCUCAACAAGAUCUGACAGUUACUGAACUAGCAAUAGAACCUUCUGUGCUCUCAACUCGUAAAGAAAAAGUAGUAUUUCAGAAGAAAAUCCACUCAUUCAAACAUAAUAAAGAAAGUCGUCUACAUCGUACACGAAAUGUUCUUGCUCGUGUGGGUUUGAGUGGAUUUUUACCUGAUAAUCACAACGAAUGCUACUCUCAUAAUAAGAAUUAUAACGAAUCGACUAAAUCGAAAACGAUUUCAUUUUGGAAUUUAAGCAACGAUCUUCAUUAUGAUGAUAAUUGCGAACAAAGUUUCGUAACGAAACGACAAAUGAACUCAUCACAGAAUCUUGAUUUCGUAUUCUAUCCAGUAUUUCGCACCGUUGAUGAGCUACGUUGUUUUCAUCGUCCGCUACUUCGUUCGAUCGAUCAUCAACGUUGUUGGAUACCGAUUCAAUUCAUAAACAUUGCUACAUCUGAUCAAUCAAUUCGAGUGAAAUCAGAUUUGACAGCUCGGUUUGGCGAAAUCCUUCUGUUUGAAUACAGUGAACAGUAUCCAGUUUUAUUAAAUGAAUCGGGAAUGUUCAGCAAAAUUCGAAUUUAUCUACGGCCGCAACAUUUCAAAGCUGAUACGAAAUCACAUGAGAUCGAUUAUGGCGAGUUAGUUUAUACACAUGCAUCACCUUUUCUCUGGUCAAUUCCGCGUGGCUUCAACGUUCAAACGAUCGAAAACAACAUGUUCAUAGCGCCCAUUUAUCGACAAACGUCUUCGCCAACAGAUUUUCUCGUCAUCUACAAUACGAAAGAUCAGUUUUACAUACGUAACAUCGAUACCAUACAUAUCGUUGGACAACAAUGCCCAUUAAUUGAAGUACCUAUUCCACAAUCGAAACGUGUGAAUUUAUUCCAGCGUGACUUAUUACAAAUCUAUAUCUAUCGAUUAUUUCUACAAAGUAAUGAGAGACCUCGUCGGAUACGGAUUGAAGAUAUCAAACGAGUGUUUCCGCGUUUGGCCGAAUCAUCAAUUCGUAAACGAUUGAAAACAAGUGCAGAUUUCCGAAGAACCGGUAAUUUGAAAGCAUGUAUUGAACUUUCUCUGAAAUGGAUACUCUCUGACUAUUUUUCCGAUGACUGCAAUUCAUGGAUAUUGAAAAAUGAUUUUCGUCUACCAACGGAAGAUGAAAUGCGAGAUCUGAUCAAACCGGAAUAUUGCUGUGCAUACGCAUCCAUGGUAGCAGCUGAACAACGUCUGAAAGAUGCUGGCCUAUGCGAUAAGCACAACGUCGAUUUCGACAAUUAUGACGAGGAAGACGAUCAAUUCGAUUAUCCUAUGGAACUAAACAAUGAAAUUUUAGAAGCACCUUGGAACACGACACGUGCCUAUCUCGGUGCGUUGAAAGGCAAGUAUCUAAUGCAAGCGUUCAGUAUCGGAAGUCGAACUAUUCAAAGAACGAAAACUAACAAUGAUAUGAAGCAUUUACGCCGAGCUGUCACUGGCACCGACGCUGAUCUCCGCCGUUUACAAUUGAAAGACGCUCGAAGAUUAUUAUUGAAGUUCAAUAUUUCCGAAAAAAUCAUCCAAUCGUUAACUCGAUGGGAAAUCGUUGAUUUGAUUCGAACACUUUCCACACAUCAAGCGAAGGAAGGCAUAAGUGAUAAUAUGGUGAAAUUUGCUCGUGGUGCAAAACAUUUCCAAGCGCAACAAUUUGAAAAAUAUAAAGAAAAUUGUCAAAAACAAUUCGAAUUGCAGAAUCGAAUUUUCACGUGUACAAAUGAACAAUCGACGGAUGAUGAGUUGUCCAAUGAUAGCGAUGAACUGAAUGAAAUGAGUCAAUUGUUGGAAAACCUUCUACGAGAAAAUCAUGCAUUACCACUCACUAGUGAACAUAGGAAAAUGUUACACAUUACUCGAACGUAUCUUGAUAAUCAAGGAGAAUCUUAUCAACGUGACGAAUUCAUACGAAAUAACGAUUCCGUCAUUCAAGCCUAUGUUAAAAUUCGACAAAAUAAGAGCGAUAAAUUCAUUAAAACAUACUAUACUCUAAAUGAUAAUGAACGUGAAAAGUUAAAACGUGAACGUCGUCGUCUACAAGAACAACUUCGACGCGUCAAACGAAACGAAGCACGCUAUAAUCAAUAUGAAAAGCAACAAAUAUUAUUACAAAUUCGACAAGAAAAUCUCGCUUUGAUAAAAUCAACUCAAGCAUGUCAAUCAUUAUCAUCUUCACCUAUAACUUUACAACGUUCAGCUAGUAUUCUAUCUAAUUUACAAUUAAGUCUCAGUGAUAAUGAUGAUGAUGACGAUGACAACUCGUCGUCGUCAAAUCUCCACUUUUGA